AUGUGCACCUCAACAUGUACCGGAUUAACCUGUGGCUGUCUAACACCCUUCCCGGCAGACGCCUACCCGGGAUGCCUAUUCUAUCGAGUUGCACAAGUACCACAGAAUGACGAGGUUGUAGCUCCUGGAACCCCGAAAUUCCACCUCACACUAGAAACAACUCAUAAGGAAAUCGCAGCAAACGAGUCUUUGCAACUACAUCCUUAUGUCUCAAAGAAGGUGGGCGGUUGGGACAUCAAAAUAACGUCCCUACAAAACAUGCAAGACAGCGCUCUCAACAAACGUUACGCAGAAUCCGCAGCGGGAUUCAAAAUGCUCGGCGAUGCAUCUAAAAUCGCCGUCGAAUGCCCAGAUGAGAGCACUGCCAGCGAGGAUUUCAGCAGGUGCUCCAACGAGGUAAUCUGCACCUGCAGUCAUACAAGGAGUAGAGUACAGUGCAUUUGUCCACAAUACAGCUUGAAGGACUCGCAAAACUCUAUCACCACUCUACCACUUAUAGCGUCUCACCAACCCUGUACUUUACACGCAACAGCUGUAACCGGCUGCUACAGUUGUCUUGAAGCCGCAAAAUCUACAGUACACUGUUAUUCAGAGAAAACCACCGAAAUAACCCUUGAGUGUACAGAUCAAACUUUCCUAAUCAAGUGUUCAAAAUACACUUUAGCCAAUGUCAUAAUGCUACAAUACGAUCAUGCAAAUGUAAAAGAUGUGUGCUCAUAUCAGAGCGCAGGGAAACUCUCCGAGAUCACUUUGAUAGGCACACUUUUAUACCAUACGCCCACGCUAGACCACGAAAUAUUCGGCGAAGGUAAACAAACAACCGCAAGCAACACAGCCUGGUGGAGCAACAUUUCGUUGCCAGACAUAGGUCCCCUUGCGGCCACAAUUACCAAACACUGGAAAACAACCGUCGCAGUUAUCUGUAGCUUCACAGUAAUCGGACUGCUCACAUAUUUCCUCGGACCAACAGUCAUAAUCACUAUUGUUCAUUUACUCGUCACAAUUCUCCUCGCGAUGGCUGAGACACUCUUCGCAUGUCUCAGAAGCCUAUUCUCUCUUCUGCGGCGGUACCGUAAUGACUAA